AUUUUAAUCCCACUCUGAGUGAUGGUUUGUGGAGCUCCUCCCCUCCUGGUCGUCUCUGCCCCUGUAGCUUCGUCUGCCUCUUUCUGCAGCUCUCUCUCAUCCUGUCUGCUGAAGUGGUGGCUGCUGUGAGACGCUGCAACCAUGGCUGCUACUGGAACUUUUCGCAUGGUGUCAGAGGAGGAACAGGCCAUGAGGGCGAAGCUGGAGCAUCUGACGGUGAAGGACCACGGGCCGGUGUUUGGACCGUGCCACAAACUGCCUGGACACACCGUGCAGAAGGCGAAGGAUGAGCUGAAUGAGACGGAUGAGAGACGGGCGUCGUCGCUGAAGGACCUGAGGACCACGAUGAAGGACAGAGCAGCCGAGGGCGACGAUCUGGCCAAACUGGUGCUGGAGCGUUUCGGGGAAACGCCGGACUCUCUGCUGCUGCGCUUCCUCAGAGCCCGGAAGUUUGACGUCAUCAGAGCCCACGAGCUCAUGAAAGGUUAUGUGCGCUUCAGGAAGGAGUAUCCGGAGCUGUUUGAGAAUCUGACCCCCGAGGCGGUCCGUAGCACCAUCGAGGCCGGUUACCCCGUAGUUCUGCCCAGCAGGGACCGGUUCGGCCGCGUGGUUCUGCUCUUCAACAUCGACACCUGGGACCUGGAGGAGAUCACCUUCGAUGAGAUCUUGAGAGCGUACUGUGUGAUCCUGGAGAAGCUGCUUGAGAAUGAAGAAACCCAGAUUAAUGGCUUCGUCCUGAUUGAGAAUUUCCGCGGCUUCACCGUGCAGCACGCCUCGGGGAUUAAACCGGCUGAGCUCAAGAAGAUGGUGGACAUGCUGCAGGAUUCUUUCCCGGCCCGUUUCAAAGCGGUCCACGUCACCCACCAGCCCUGGUACUUCACCACCACAUACAAUGUGGUGAAACCCUUCAUGAAGAGUAAAUUGCUGGAGAGGGUCUUCGUUCACGGCGACGAGCUCAACAACUACCUCAAAGAAUUCGAGGCGGAUCUCCUGCCUGCGGAUUUCGAUGGAAAAGGCCCCGUGUCCGACUACCAAGCCAUUGCCAACAAGAUUUUUGGCUCCGAAGACACUGCUCUCUGAAAGAACAAUUCCAGCCCGAGCACGGAGUCCUUCUGGUGUGUUCAGAUCAGAUAUGUGGUCUAUUCUGUAGCUAGGUUGUUUUCUAUUGCUAUUAUUCAAGCAGUUUCUGUGAGCGAAAAGAAGUAUAUAGAGUUAGGAGCAGGGGAUGGUUUGCAAAUGAGAAAUGGGAUAUAAAUGGAACAGAAAAAGGAUGUUUAGAUGUCACAGAGAGAAUAACUGAUAGUUAACACUGCAGGAAUGACGGUGAUGUGACGACGUAGAUCACAACAACUUUGGUUUCUUUGCCCCAGAAAUCACAAGAAGAGGCCUAAGACCCUGUCAGACGAAUGAAGGGGCAGAUUCUGAUUUACAGCAUUGAGGUUGGGUUUUUAUUUAGAGAGGAAACUGAUGAGGGAUAAGCCUGCAUUAGAGUAUUGAUUAAGGAGCGAUGUCCUCCUGAUGCAGUGCCUUAAACCGGCCCCCGUCGACAGCCUUCUUUACAGGAGUAUCAUGAGAGCUGUGAUACUCAGUAACAUAAACGUAUAUUCUGAAAUUUACAGGAAAUGUGUAAUAAAAUAGAUGUUUUUGUGUG